AGUACAAAUGUGGAGCUACUCAAGCGAUAGAAGCAUACAUUCCAAACCAGGAGGGUGUGGCAAUUUAGGUCACUGCACAUGUGUGUACUACUGACAGUGAACAGGUAAAGACAAUGGAACCGGAAGCUCCACGCAAGGACCGUCUGAUGGUAGCCGGAAUUGAUUUUGGAACAACUUAUUCAGGUUAUGCUUUCUCCUUCCGGGGGGAGUAUGAGGAAAACCCAGAGAAAAUACAGGUGAACCAAAAUUGGAUUGCCGGGGGCGCCCUGGUCUCCGUUAAAACGGCUACAUGUAUCCUCCUGGAUCAAGACAAGAAGCUCAUUGCAUUUGGUUACGAGGCAGAAGAUAGCUACAACCAACUUUUAGAAGACUCUGAAGACGAUGACAUCGACGACAGAACAUACGAGAGAUAUUACUACUUCAAACAGUUCAAAAUGUCAUUGUACAACUGUAGCGAGGGCCUUUCUAGGGAAACCAUGAUAGAGGAUGAAACUGGGAAGAAGCUCCCGGCAAUGCUGGUAAUAUCCAUGUCUAUCGGUUACAUGAAAGAUCACCUACUAGCUCUCAUCAACAAGAGAUGUAUUGGUGCGGAGGAAAACGAUAUCCACUGGGUCAUCACCAUUCCUGCCAUCUGGGAUGACUCCGCGAAGCAGUUCAUGCGCGAAGCUGCUGUCAAUUGUGGCAUGCGAUCUGACCAGCUGUCCUUUGCACUGGAACCGGAAGCAGCUUCGCUCUAUUGCCAAUUAGUCAAGGUAGUAUUGUCUGAGGAAAGCACACCGAUAGAUGCAGGUGCGAUGAAGAAAGCAUUCAGGUCGUCAGGAGCGGGCACAAAGUACAUGAUACUUGAUCUUGGAGGAGGAACAGCGGACAUAACAGUGCACGAACGUCAAGUGGAUGAGAGCUUGAAGGAGAUACACGAGCCCUCGGGGGGACCCUGGGGAGGCACAGCUGUUGACAGGGAGUUCUUAAAUUUUCUGAUGGAAAUAUUUGGAAAAAAGUCAGUAGAGAACUUCAAAAGAAAAUAUAUGACUGAUUAUGUGGAAUUUCGCAGGAAUUUUGAGACGAAAAAACGAACAAUCACACCGCAAACUGAUGGAAAGGUGAUGCUGGUACUUCCUCCGUCUUUCAAGGAGACAUUCGAAGAAAAUUCAAACAUCUCCUUUAAUGAUGCUCUUAGCAAAUCCAAAUAUUCAGGAAAAGUGCAGUGGGUGAAAGACAAGUUGAAAAUUGAUGCAGAUGUUGUGAAAGGCUUUUUUGAAGUACCGAUACAGCAAAUUGUCAGUCAUGUUAGGAAGCUACUAGAAAAGAUAGGGAGAAUUGACAUGAUUUUGAUGGUAGGAGGAUUCUCAGACUGCGGCCUCGUCGAACAAGCGAUUCGUGACAACUUUUCUGAUGUUUCGAUUUUAAAUCCAGAAGAUAGCGUCCUUGCAGUUUUGAAAGGCGCUGUCAUAUUUGGCCACAAACCUAUGGCGAUUGUAUCCAGAGUUGCAAGGUACACAUACGGUUAUGAAGCUUGGCCGACGUUUGACCCGAAAGUUCAUCCACAAGAGCGAAAAGUAAGACUGGGAGACGUCGAUUGUUGUCAAGGUGUCUUCCAGCCUUACAUACGACUGGGCACUGAAAUCGAUUGCGGUGACUACAUAACCUCUACACAUCGACCGGUAUCUGACGAACAAAGUGACAUGGCCAUUAACAUUUUUAUUUCUGAGAACGUGGCUCCAAAAUAUGUCGAAGAUCCGGAUGUGCGAAAACUUGGAACCCUAAAACUUCCGCUUCCAGCUUACAAGCCAGGAUUGAACAGAAGAGUACAAGGACGUCUUCAUUUUGGAGCAACGGAAGUGAUUAUUGAGGCCAAAGAGGCGGAAACAGGAAUUAUUCACAAGGCGACAUUUGACUGCUUAAAAAGAGAAACCAAUUAACAUUUCCUUGAUCGAUGUUUGGCAAACUGAUGGGAUGACUUGAUACUAACUAUGAUAUGAACAGUGGAGCCUUACUUUAGCUAAUUAUUCAUAAAUCCUAAAGCUGAUACUAAAGAUAUAAAAACUAGUCUUGACUGAAUAUAGUAUAAAAAUGAAAUGUGACCCAAUUAUUAAUCAUAAGAAUAUUCUUUUAUGGGGAUUGAUGUAUUUAUGUUAUAAUUCAGGCGUUGUGAUUGAACUUUGUUAAUUGGAUGUGUUUGUUUGUGUUAGCUAAGUUUUUUUUUAUUGGGGCUGGAUUUAUUACGGCCUACUGUUGCAAAAGAAGAAUUUCAAUCAGAGAAACUAUUUUGUUAAUUGGAACUAUAAUGCGGUUAAAAUGAUCAAACAAUGCUACGUAAGAUGUGGAAUUACAAAGGUUUCUUAUCAGUUCCUCUAAUGGUUUUAAUAAUAACAUUUUAACAACACGUUAGUUGUUUGUCAACGUUUACAUUGUUGCUGGUACAACAGAUGUUAGUGCAAACCACAAACAUUUAAAUAUUGAAAGGUAAAUUUCGGAUACUGUUCAAAAUUACAGGACUGAAAAUAAGUUAACUAAGUUGAUAAACUCAUAUCCUUGUUGAUUUGAAUUAAAGUGCACAAGAUAAGUGAUUGGUUCAAAAACUGGCGUUCACUGAGGACACCCACGCUGUAAGGCAGGUAAAUCAAUAGUUUUCAAAUCCUAUCGUGAAAUUCCAGACUAUAUUUUAAAUGCUAACCUCUGCGUUACCAACAACACCGACAGUAUAACUCCAAACAGAAUGCAACGUAAUGAAUAAUGAUGCCUAAUGAUGUUCGAAACUUAUUAUAUUGUUCAAAUAAGAUUUUACAUAUUUUUAUGUAUAUUUGCUUACCUAUGACGACUCUGCAAGCUGAGUAACAUUAGAAAAACAAGUACUUAUUGUAAUGGGGGACCAUUACAGACGUCCCCAAAACUGCCCCCUUCGUCGCAAAGAUGCAUCAGACAAUAUACAUACUAAAUUUGAGUUACAUCGCACAAUAUCUGAAUUGCGACCAAUCAGAAUGGUUUGUGUGGUUGCUAUGGCAACGUUACCUAUGCGAUUGAAUUCGCAGUCCCCUAAU